AUGCCCGACAUGAUCGAAGUGCCGGGCGAGGCCAGCCCGAUGAACCAGUCGAAUGUCCUCAAUGCCCUGGUUCUUGCGGCAAGCUCUACCCAACAGCAGGUGCAAACGGGCACCAAGCAGCUUCAGUACUGGGAGAAACAGAAGCUUUACUACCCUACCCUUCAGAACAUCUUCGUUGACUACUCCCUUCCGACCGAAGUCCGAUACCUUGCUAUUAUCCAGCUGAAACACGGAAUCGAUAGAUUUUGGCGCAAGACUGCAGCCCAUGCAAUCACCAAGGAAGAAAAGGAACAGAUCAAGAUGAGGGCUUUGGAAGCAGGGAUUUGUGAGCCGGAGCGCCAGCUUGCUCUUCAGAAUGCGCUGAUGGUUGCCAAAAUCCUGCGCUACGAGUUUCCUCAUGAUUGGCCCGAUGCGAUCACUUCUCUGCUUUCUUUCCUCCGUUCUGCUACCCGCCCCGACGCGAACCCCCAGGAGCUCCCUCGAACCCUCCUUAUGCUCCUUCAGAUCAUCAAAGAGUUGUCAACGGCACGAAUCCAAAGAACUCGAGUACACCUCCAAUCGGUCUCACCCGAGCUCUUCCAUGUUUUGGGAAAUAUUUAUGUGGAGAAUAUUAAUCAAUGGAUCGCUAUACUCGACCAGGGCAGCGGAAACGAAUCAUCCCUCGAGGCAAUGGAGCAGAGUUUGAUGUGUCUCAAGGUUCUUCGGCGCCUCAUUAUAUCUGGCUAUGAGCACCCAGGUCGCCAUUCGGAGGUGAAGGAUUUCUGGCAGAUGAGCUUUGAGCAGUUUGCCAGACUGUCUUCCUUUGGAGAGGCGGCUGCCCAAUUACCGGAGCCUGUGACCAAAGUCAUCGAAAAACACACCCUGCAACUGUCCAAGCUCCAUGUGGAGAUGGCGAAAACACAUCCAGCCUCUUUUGCGCUGUUUCCAAACAGCAUCUCGCUCGUUAAUUCUUAUUGGUCAUUGGUCGUCCGGCUCAGUGAAAGCUAUGUCAGCCUCGGAGCUGAUCCCGAUGCUGAAGGGCAAUCAUUAGCCGAGAAGACUGGUCUGCGGGCCUUGCUCCUGGUUCGAGCUUGUGCGAGAAUGGCCUUUAACCCCGUCCAAACAUUUAAAUACCAGACUCCGCAAGACAAAGAGGAAAGAAAGCUGGCUGUCGAACGGAUCAAGACAGAAUUGUUCACUCACGACCUGGUGCUGAAUGUCAUGGAGACUCUCGUCACUCAAUUUUUUAAGUUCCGAAAUGUGGACUUCCAGGAAUGGGAAGCCGAGCCUGAAUCUUGGGUUCAGCGAGAGGAAGUGAGUAGCGAAGCAUGGGAAUUUUCCAUUCGCUCCUGUUCUGAGAAGCUGUUCUUGGACCUUGUCAUCCAUUUCAAAGACUUGCUUAUCCCGCGCUUGUUGAGCGUGUUCCAGAACUUUGCGAAUACCGAAAACCGUGAUGUAGUGUUGAAGGACUCCCUAUACUCUGCUAUUGGAUUAGCUGCAGCCAGUCUUGAGCAGCACCUGAACUUCAACGAGUUCUUGCAAGGAACAAUGGUCACCGAGGUUCAGAUCCAAGAUCCGCAGUACAGACUCCUGCGCAGACGGAUUGCGCUCGUGCUGGGCCAAUGGGUCCCAGUCAAGUACGGCGAAUUAAAUACCGAUGCCAUCUUCCAGAUUUUCCAGCAUCUGCUCAACAAGGAUGAUCCGCUCAAUGACCUCGUUGUUCGCAUCACCGCUGGACGCCAACUGAGCCAGGUCCUUGACCCCUACGAGUUUACGGCGGCCCACUUUAUGCCAUUUGCACAGUCGAUCCUCGGCAACCUUAUGUCUCUUGUUCAAGAAGUCGAGUUAUCUGAAACGAAAAUGGGGCUGUUGGAGACUGUCCGUAUUGCAGUUGUCAAGAUGGAGCACCAUAUCGCUCCAUUCGCCGAUCAGAUUCUCUCGCUGCUUCCACCCCUGUGGGAGGAAUCUGGAGAUGAACAUCUCAUGAAGCAGGCCAUCCUCACGCUUCUUUCAUCCUUGAUCAACUCAUUGAAGCAGGAGUCUAUUCGGUAUCACUCGCUUAUUCUCCCACUGAUUCAAAGCUCAGUUCACCCCGAAUCCGAAACCUUGGUGUACCUCUUGGAUGAAGCAUUGGAACUCUGGACGGCCAUAAUCCAGCAGUCACCCACUCCCUCCCCCGAUAUUUUGGCUCUUCUCCCCUCUGUAUUCCCGAUCCUUCAGUCGGGAACCGACAGUGCACCCCAGGCACUCCAAAUUGUCGAGUCCUAUAUCCUGCUGGCACCACAGGAGGUAUUCAAACACGAAUACCGUACCCCUCUCCUCAUUGCCUUGCAGGACCUUCUCUCUCAUACAACAAGACAACGCAUUGGCGUUGUCCCCCGUUUGGUUGAAAUGUUAAUCCGCAGCGGCGAAGCCGUGGAUGGUGGAAGCGAUGAAACCUACAACGCCAUUUCUCAAAGCCUAAUCCAAAGCUCAUUCCUCCGCUCCAUCCUUGAGGGUCUCCACUCCGCCUACGAGGCCAGUGAAACCACCGGACCCAACCGCAAGACCUCCAACGUCGUUGGCGUCGUUGAAACCGACUACUUCUCCGUCAUUGCACGACUAGCCCUCGCUAGUCCUACAAUCUUUGCCUCCGCUAUCGUAGCCGCCAUCCAAGGAGACCACGCCCAAUCCCCAUAUAAAGAUCUCUCCUGGCUGCUCAAGGAGUGGUUCGCCCAUUAUGAUAACAUCAGCAGCGCCAACCAGAAGAAGCUGCACGUCCUCGCCCUCACCCAACUCCUUGGUCUCAAGCAAAACCCGCCCAACACCGCCGCACCCGACCUCCCAGCCGACUUCCUCCGCCAAUUCCUGCAGUCCUACCUAACCGUCUGGACAGACCUCAUCCUCGAGCUGGCAGAAGGCGGCCAAGACUCAAACGCCGAUUACCUAGUCUUCUGGGAUGCACCCGCCGGCUCUGUAACCGCCGUACCUGAGGCGUCGGACGAAGUCGAGCCUCCGGAGAACCACCGCCGCCGUGAUUGGGAGAACUCGGAUAUUAUUCAUCGCUUCCCGAUCCGCGACUUUGUGCGCGAGCGUCUGCAGCAGCUGAUUGUUUCCUGUGGUGGCCCGGAGACAUUCCAGGCGGAGUGGCUGGCGAAUAUUGAUGCCGACGUGGUGGCGGCAUUUGGUGCUUUGGGACUGAUCUGA